CAGGCCAAUGAUUGGGGGGCAAUGUCGCAGACUAUGGCAUCUCAUCGGGCGCAACUCCUGUCAUCGUUGCUUGCGAAUGCAUUAGCUUUUGGCUUCCAGGAAGUCCAUCCUGAGCGAGAGCCGCUGAAGAACCUUGACACUGAUAUGCCUUUGGAGCUGCCUGACACUGAAUCGCAUUUAUUCCUCACAGUUGGAAUGGCCCCGCAGUCAGAAGUUCGUGAGCAAGCACUGACGACUCUUCAGUGUUCCUGGGAACGUUAUCACGACCGUCAACACAGCCCUGAUUCAGAGUGGGUGGAGGCCCUGUCCCAAUACCUCGAGGGCAUCGUUAAUCUACGAAUCGACCAUGUGCAAGAAUGGCUUUCGCAGAAUUUGGCGCGUUUCCAGACGGGCCACGCAAGUAUCGAGGAACUUCGACGGAACUUCGACGGUGCCACCGUCGAUCUGAAGAGCAACGUACAGCUUUGCAAGUUACAAUGCGCGAACUGCCAAUUGUUGUGCAUUCAGAGUCGCCUCCACGACGGCCCUCAUUCUUGUCAAACUAAUCACCUCUGCAUUCACCAAUGCGAUUUCUGUCUAGAAACCAAUGGCGAGCUCCGAGAGUGUGGCAUGGCCGCAGGACAUGCAGGGAAACACAUAUGUGUUGUCACAGCUCACCUGUGUGGCAAACCCUGCAAGUUCGAAGGCAGGUCCGGAUGCCUUCACGAGUGCAUUAAAGUUUUUGAUCACGACGACGAACAUCUGUGCGCUGCCUCAGUGCAUGCUUGCGGAAAGGCGAGUCCCUUGCUCUGGCGAUAUGAACAUCCGUGUAGUUUAUCUGGUCUUAAACUUGCUGACGGAUCGGAUUAUUCGUGCCCCGGUUUUUGUCGAAUCCCAAGUGACAUUGAUCAUUUUCGUCACGAAUGUGAAGCUCGUCUCUGCUCGGUCACUUGUCAGCUCUGCAAGCGGCUAUGUUCUGAUCAAGAUCACAUGCAUGGUUUAGAAGACGGUGCAGUUCAUCUUUGCGGGCAAGAGCAUCUCUGUACAGCUAUGUGUUCUGCGCAGGGCAUAUGUGAAAUUGAAACGGCACCACAUUCGAUCGAAGCAACUUUUACGGGUAAGCACGAAACUUUUCAAUAUACGAAGGUAGGCCGCUCAACACUGGCAAAGCGACUGAAGUGUGUUAAACUGGUUCCACCCGGUGCAACAAAACACAGGGGUUCCCAUAAUCACAGUCUCGAUAAAAAAAUUAUUCACUUUUGCGAAGCUAGGCAAGUCUUGAUGCUCUUUCUAUUACCUCUAUCUCCAGUCAUUCAACCGGUUCAAUUUUGCAGGUGCGAAAAUUGCGGGUAUUUCUGUACAUUACCGCUUGGCCACCCUCAACAAGAGCAUGAAACACGUCACGGCUCUAUGUCCCGCACACGAUGGACUGUAGAUGGACCUGAUGAUGCAGCGGUACUCGAAAUUGAAGGGAGGAGAUUCUCUACAAACGACGAGGGAGCUCCAAUGAUGUGCAAUCUUGUGUGCCAGGCAAUGGGUCGUCACGCGCAUAUUGACUACUGUCGCUCUGAUGAGGAAGCAGCCUGCAUUGGCAAUGACGAAAUUCAGCACAUCAUGAAGCGCCUGCGACCUAACCCCGACCGCCCAAAGGACUACGUUACCCACAACUUAAUCUGGAAAAGGAGUGGUUUCAAAGAUCCUUACUCAAAAGAAGAGCAAACAGUAUUUGCCAAAUGUGAUGCUAUGUGCAGUGGCCCAGAACACGCCGGUGAUGCGGGGAAUCUUGCUCAACCCUCCUAUUGCACGUUACCGAUGUUCCAUCCACCAGCGGAUGUGAAUGCCGGUGCACCAGCUGUGGGAUACAUAUCCAACGAUGGUCAUCAUUUUGCUUGUCGUAACCCUGUCGUUAUGCAGCAGGCGUUCCACGUGAUAUUUGUCGCGGACCGGUCUGGCUCCAUGUCGUACAAUGAUCGCCGGCCGUUGCAAAAUACUCCAGCCUCAGCCAGAAUCUGUGCCCGUUCAGACAACAGAAUUGGGGCAGUUCUCUCCUCAUUGUUUAGUUUCUGGUCUGCCCGUGCAGCAGCCAUCGGAUCAAGUGCCAAUGCGGCUCGCAGAGACGCCUAUAGUGUUAUCCUGUUCCAUCAUGAGACAGUAACUGUCAUUGAAAACGACUUGACAAGCAAUCCAGACCAAUUGCUAGAUAUGCUCUUGCCCUAUGAGGCGGAUGGUGGGACUAACUACACAGCAGCGGUUAUCACUGCUCAAGGUGUUCUGGAGCGAAAUUGGAGUACUGAGAGGUCUCCUGUCAUCAUCUUCCUUUCGGAUGGAGAGUGCAGCAUUACAGACCAGACUAUGCAAGACUUAUGCCGGUCAUCCAUUCGGCUUGGAAAGGCGGUGUCCUUCCAUGCAGUAUCAUUUGGUCCGGAUGCAUCCUCGGUAUACCUACGGAGAAUGGCAGAAAUAGCGCUGGACGCCCAGAACAAUGCUCCGAGGGACCCACUCGCGCCGGCUGCUGCGACAGUCAAUUCGUCGUACAACCAAGCCCUAGACUCGGUUCAACUUGCAGAGACCUUCCUUGGAAUUGCGGAGUCGCUGAGGAAGCCCAGAGGGGCAUUAAUGCAUUAAGAUAUUCCGCGGCCCACAGCCCUACGGGCGUCCGCGACGGUUCCUAUUCUCCGCGUUGUAUUUUAUAGAAGAGAAUGAGGUUGAGUGUAAUGAAGGUGUUUGCACGGAACCUCAAGGAGUGUGUUCCGAAAAGAAGGCAUGCGGAGUGCGCUGAGUGCUAAGUUGCGAGGAGGCUUCCACUGCGGUCGUCGCGGAGCCUUGAGUGAAUUUUGGACAGUUCGACAGGCACUACAAACGAUUCCCACGCGUAAACAACGACCCCAGCCUACUUUACAACUUUCGACUGUUAAAUACUUUUAUCUUGUUUCUCUCAGUCCCUAUGACCCAGCAACACAGAUUGGUUUUAUAACUUUGACCGUGUCUCUGUGAUGGAGUGAGUAUUUGAUGUGGCAAAGGAGCCUUCACCCGAAUCUUGAUACUUGCGGCGUGAUACGGCAUGCCUCCAA